UCUACAGCCUGUUGACCUAUUGAAGUUCAAAGUAAAAUGAAGCGAAAAAAGAAUGUGGUUUAUUGUUACAACACAUCUGCAUUGAAAGAAAAAGAGAAAUUAUUAUUGGAUUUGAUUUCCUACAGUGGUGAGGAGGCUAAAAACGAGCAUACUCAAACAUUUUUAAGAAGCGUACACUUUCGGAAUGAAUUUCGAAAAGUUUCUUUUGAUAACUGCGACAUUAAGAAACUAAAGCAUGUUUCAUUAUGCGAUACUGUCCUUAUUGAUAGUUCUAAUAUACCGGAUUUAAGUUUAACACAAGCAGCAAAAAAGGAAUCUAAGGAUAUGAAUGUAAAAGGUUUCGACGCUUGUGGUAAUUCAAAUAAUGCAUUCCUAAACGUGGGUUCACCUGUAUGGUCAAUGGAUUUCAGCCCUAUUUUCGAAGCUGAUCAUGGGUUAUUUACAGUAUUAGCAUUAUCAACGUCGAGUCACAGAAACCCUACAACACCAUGUAUGCCUUCUAACAGUGACUUACUGAAUAUGCAUGCGGAUCAUGCUUCAACUAUUCAACUGUGGAAGGUGACACCGUCGUCACUCAAUACGUCAUCUCUAGUUCUGUUUUGGAUUCAAAAGGGACAAUAUUGCCGUUCGUUAGAAUGGGCGCGUUACUCUAACCUGUCGUCAACCCAUAUUGGACUAUUGUUUUUUAUCCAAGGAGAUUGUUCUGUAUGCUGUUACAGCAUUCCCUCUUUACCGUUUACGGAAUUAAAAAACCCACAAUUAUUUGAAAAAAAACCAGUUUGGCAAUGUAGUAGUACUUUAUUCAGCUGUGUUAGUCCUGCGCCGUUUUAUACGUUAUCGGCUAGUGUUCUAAAUAAAAGUGAAAACUCGAAAUCCGGGCUUCGUAUAGCCGCUGGGUGUACGAAUGGUCGACUUCAGAUCAUAUAUUUGAACGCAAGUCUACUUGAAGAACCAAAAACUAUGUCUUCCUUCAAGACUGAGAUUGUUGUUGCAGAUAAGAUUCCAAUAAGCUCUGUAGCGUGGUGUCCUUGUACACCCGUUCAUUUCGUUGCCGCUAGCACUGUAUCAGGAAUUGUUAAAAUUUGGGAUAUUCGACAACCUUUGAACGGAUGCAUUUAUCGGCUCGAAUAUUCUCGGAGACCUGUUUAUAAUAUCGUAUGGCCACCUACAAGACGAUUUCUUUACGCUUGUCAAAAUACCGCUUGGUUUUUGGAUACUUUAACUCAAGAAUGUCAUCAAAGACCAACAGGGAGUACCAACUAUUCUAGUUUACGCAGUGAACAACCUGCUUGGUCGUGUGCAGCUCUAAAUUAUCUUGCGUUGUUUGCAUGCGAUAAAGGACAGUUACUCCUACAACCUAUACAUCGUAUAACAAAGACACCUGAGGCUUUUCAAUGGAUGAUUGAGUGGAAGAUUGUCAGGAAACAAGAUAAUUACUACAAGGAAUCUUUUAAAGAGAACAGUAAUUCAACAGAGCAGCUGAUGCCAAAUUCUCAAGCCGCUCAGGAUACGUGUCUAAGAAAAGAGUGUUUUAAGAAAAAGUCAUCUGAUGAAGAAAAUUUACGUAUAAAUUUCCACAAGGAAGUAUCCUUAUUUUAUACCAAAAGCAUACUCUCUUGUCGUCACGCUGACGCGUUAUUGCAGCUCAACGUACGAAUUGGGAAAAAUAUUAACUGUAACAAAAGCACUGAUAUGAAGAAAUCCAUAAAUGAUACAUUACCAAAUUGUUUAAAUGAAAUAAAAGAAUUCGAGGAAAAAGAGUGUUUAUGUCGACUUCAUUCAGUUUGUACCUUAGACACAACGAUUUACCCUAAAUCACCAAACCCUUUGAUUGCUGUUGGUGGAUCUCUUGGAAUAGUUAAUAUAUUCAAUCCUACUAAUUGGGGUUUUGAAAAAGAUUAAGCAAAUUUAGUUUUUUAAUAAAUACAAUUUUCUUAAAGAUUAUGUAAAUCGACUGCAUGUGUAUCAGAUCACACCAGGUCACUUAAAUUAAAAUAAUAACAUUACGUUAUAAGAUAAAAUUA